UUUCAAAUUAUUGUAACCAAAUUAAUAGAAAAAAAAAAUCGACUAUGGAACAUUUAUACGUAAUAUACGCAUAGGCAUAAGAAACUUCUGUACAUUAGAAGCGAUUUAUUAGUUGCAAUCAUACAACAAAAAUAUUUUAUACGUAUGAGGUAUGUGUUGGGAUUGUAAUUAAUUACAUUUAAAAAUAAGAGUUACCAUUAUAAUAUUUCUAUUCCUCGGAAAAAUGUAUAAAAAGGUAUACAGGGUAUAGCGUUAAUUCGCGAAUGUAAUAUUUACUUACUAUUAGAAUCUAAGGACACGAGCUUCACACACUCUUCGGGCUUCAAAUUUGACGCUAACAGCUGCAAUUCUGGUACAUCAACCUCGGUAAUGAUCUUUGCGAAGUAAAAAGCAAUACAUUGUAAUUGUUGACAAUCUCAACUGUGUUUGUACAUUGUCCUGUAUCAUAACUGAAGAGUGGGAGUAAAAAAGAGUGUAAGUGCCAUUUGAAAAAAAUUUUUUCUUUCCUAAAAAAGCUCAGUAAAUACGAAGAGAAACGUUAUCACCAUAAUUCGUUUUUAGCAUUUCGUAUACAUUGCACGGUCGGCUUCUUAAAUUAGAUUGUAAGAUGCCAUGUGCCAACGAGCUGCUUCCUCGUGCUCGAACGUAAGCAUUGCGUCUUUGAUUCCGAAAAGACGUUAUUAUUAUUUUCAUCACUCGUCGCGGGUACUGGCGAUCGUAGCCUUUUUAACAUUUAGCCUUUUAACAUUUUGGCAAGCAAGACGUUGUUUUCCACAAAAUUUUUGUUGUGGGACUUACAGUCUUAUUGACUUUCACUCUUCGAUCAUUGUUUAAGACAAAAUUGUCAUGUUGAUUCGUUUAAGAAUAAUUAUAACAGAUAACGAACGAUUUGCAGCAUUUUGAUUCUUCGAUGAAUAUUUGGGAAAACGUUGGAUUAACGGCGAUAAUGAGAUCGAAAGAGGAUCAGGUUAUAUAAUGAGAAUAAUCGUUUUGAUUAUGCUUUACGUAACAAUUAUUUUCGCAUCAACAAAACGAAGAUAUGAAUUCAUAAAAUUACAAAGUUAUUUUAUCAUUUCAAUUAGAAUUUUUGUUUGCUUUAUAACAUGUCUUAUUUGAACAAUCUACCUAAAAAUAAAUACAACAUACCUGGAGGAAGGAGCAGGUAAGGUUGAGCAGAAGAAGAAACAGUGCAUCUUUCAAUACGUUUCUUAAAUUCAUCGAGAGUUUCGACGAAUUAACACAGUUUCGUUACAUGCUUUACGUUAAUUCAUUACAGUCUUCGGAAAAGUAAUAUCGAUUGUAUGAUUUUUAUGUUCAAGUCAAAUCUUCUCAAUAUUCUGUAAUAAGUAGAAUUGAUUGGUUAAGAUAGCAGAAGGUGUGAGAAAUAGCAUUAUCAAAGAACGAGGCAACACUGAAGUAAUAAAAGGGAUGGAACCUUAGAAAUGAUAUUUCCUUUAACAGACUAUUCAACAUAACUGACAAUUCUAUUUAGUAAAAGAGUGGUACAGAAUUGUCCUUAGUUUAUUAACUAUACAAGAACAGCGACACAGAACAAACAUAAUACUCUGAAAUAUUUUUUACAUCCAACUUCAUGUUUCAAGUUAAUGUGUCUCACAAACGCUCAUACGUGUGCCAUGAAUAUAGUGUUUAACGUUGCACGAUUAAAUAAUUUGUCAAAGAGAUCAUCUUUCGAAUUGAUCCAUUAAAACAUUUGGGGCUGAAGAAAGAUGUCAUAGUCGCUUCGUAAUCGAUAGCAUUGAAACGACUAUUUUCUCGUCUGACAGCAAAAUGUAAUUCACCGAUUCAUAGUGAAUUUCACCUGUGGUCAUUUUAGAAUGAAACUUGUAUGCUCGAUUUACAUUUUGAUUGUGGUUUUAGCGGAGAAUAAGGUGAGCAUCUAUGUAGAAGGAGUUUGAGGGGUUUUGGAAGAUUUAGCACAAAUCAAUAUCUUAUCUUAUCAUACAAUGGAACGCGUUGACGAUACACUGAUAAGACAGUGUGAAGAUAAUCAAAUGAUUUUUCAACUGCACGAUAUCAUGCUCGUGUCCUUUGAGAAAUUUUCUUUUCUUAGAAGCCCAACCUGUGAUCUUCCCGAUAUUAGUUCUCUACUCUUAUAAAAGCGUGCAAAUCUUUUGGAAAAGGGAACAAAUAUAUUAGCAAAAUAUUAAUGCGGAAUAUUCGAUAGUUUCCUUAAAGAGAGUACUAUAAAAAUUAGUUGCUUUUGAAAUGCUUUUGUAAUAAAUAUCCUUUAAAACGAGACUGUGUAAGAUAGAUGAUAUUGUUUUACAAGGACAAAUUUUUGGUUCGAUGUAUCGCCAAUAUAAAAGAAAACGAGCUCGUCUACCUGUCACAGAAAUUAAACCCCUUAGAAUGUUUGCAACUUAUACAAGCUAUAUACGAAAUAACUCCAGUAAGAGCGGAACGUAACGUGAGAAAACACGAGAUUCAACGUGAUGACUUAAGUCGUAUGCCAAUUACGUCGAAGGAAUGUCUUCUUGACCUUGAACAAUGGGACAAUGUUUUUCCAACAAAUAUGAUACCUAAUGGACGGGCAGCGAUGGAAAUGACGUUAAGAUGGUUAGGACGACCCGAUCUGGCAAAGUAUGUGAGAGAAAAUCCCAGAUUGACCAAAUCCCUUAACACAGGGGAUUACGAUACGGCAGAUACGUUAGGAUUUCUAGGACACGGAUUGUCGAGAAGGCAUGCUUCAGAAACGGGCAAAAAUUUACGCAAUCAUGCAAAGAGGAAGAAAAAGAAAAAGAGAAAGGAAAAGAAAAAACGUGUGCGUCAUGCACAUAAAGAAUACGAUCGAAAUACGCAAAACAAAAGAGUUCAAAAGGGAAUGGUAGCAGCGGCACAUACUGCGCUGUACGUCUGGGACGAAAAUAAAAAGGAUAAGGAUACUUUCACCGAUUGCUUGGAAUGGAACGACGAAGAUGUAUGUGCUUGUUCGGAUAUUGAGGAAGCUUGCACAGGAAAAUGUGAAAUAUAUGAUCGAAAUUAUCAAACACAUUACGUAGCGGAUCAUCGAAUUUGUACUGACGAUUCUAUGAAAAGUGUGAGUUGUGUGCAUCAACCGAAGAAAGAAGAAAAGAAAAGACAACGGUUCAGCUUCUUUCAGAGAAGCUGUCAGAAAAAGGAAAAGGAUCAGGAAAAUCGGGAUAGGAAGAAAAUUUUGGAGAACGUAGCCGCGAAGAAAUGUGAAAAAAUACCGCAAAUUGUUCAAAAAGACCAAUGUAAAUGUUGUAGAUGUACGUUGAAUUCUAAAGACAGAAUAUUACGUGAGAAGAGAGAAAUACGCAAGUGGAAAGCAAGGAGAAAGAAGGAAGAAAAGAGAAGGAAGAAAGAAGAAUCAAAGAGAGCAAAACAACUCUCAAAUGUAUGUUUCAAAGAGACAUGUAAAUAAAUUACUAUUGCAUUUGUUAUUUGAGUGCUUUAAAUAUUACUUAAGAACAAAUAUUUAAAAUAGUCGAGGGGGGAAAAAGGAGGAAAUAAGAAAAUUUAUUAGAGUAACAUCAUAGAAAUAUUAAGAUUCGAUUAAAUAAUAAAAAUUAAUGAAAGUAAAAAUUUAGUAUCACUACGCUAAUAUAUUUUAUUCCAGUAUUAAUACUAUUAUAUAAUGUGUAUUAUUGCAGAAGUUAAACUAUGUAUAAAUAAUAGUCUAUUAAUCGUUAAUCAGUUUUUGAGAUUGUGAUAUUGAUGGUUACUAUCGUCUUUACCAAAAAUACUGUUGUAGCAAAUAGCAUCUGUAUAGGUAAGAGAUAAAAUUAAAUUUUCUUAAAGAACGAUAAGAGAUAAUAUAUUUAAUACUGCAAAACCGUAAAUCAAACUUUACUUUUCACGCGCUGUGGAGCAUUUGUAAAUGCACAUUUAAUAUUUUAAUUAAUUAUUCAUAACAUUUUGAAGAAAAAUAGGCAUUAAUUAGUUAAUUUCAUUAUUAAGUCAUUCCAAAUAAUUUAGACAUGAUAUAUUCAGGAAAAUUUGUUUCAUAUCUUUUUAAAUAAAUUUCAUUACAAAUUACGGUUGGUGAGCAAAUAAAUUAU